CCCUUGCCAGUGCCAGUGCCAGCACCUCCACUUCCCCUCCCCUCCGCCCAGUCACACUCCCAGUCCCACUCCACACAGCUCAUCCGCUCACCGCUCCGCAGCAAGCGCUGCCAGCGACCACCAACAAACCCUAAUUUAUUCCCUCCUCCACCUCAUCUAGCAGACCAGCGCAGCCAGAGCCAGCAGCAAGCUUCACACCCCUCCUCCCCCCUCAUGCGCCGCAAGAAGCACUUGGACCGGGGCGGAGGCGGCGGUGGCACGGAGCUCUUCAUCUGCUUCACCUCCCGCCCCUCCGCCGCCUCCUCCGCCUCCGUCGCCGCCGCCGGCGCGCCGUCCUCCCUCCGCCCCUCCAAGCUCCUCAGCCCCGGCAGCGGCGGCGGCAGUGCCGGCGCCGGAGCCGACGCGCCGGCCCCGCCGCUGCACCCCUCCCUCAGCCGCCGCCUCCGCAACAGCGGGAGCCUCAAGGGCGGCCAGUCCCCCAUGUUCCCGUCGGGGUCCACCGGUGGCCGCCGCGGCCGGGGCGGGUUCGAGCCCGCCGAGCCGUCAUCGCCCAAGGUCACCUGCAUCGGCCAGGUCCGCGUGAAGGGAGGCAAGCGCAAGCCCAAGCACGCUUCCGCCGCCGCGCUGCGCUCCCGUUCCAGGCGUGGCGGCGGCGGCGGGAGCGCGGAGGCCAGCUUCCGCCGCGCCGGCGACGACCGGGACGGGCCCCAGGGCAAGAACCAGGGCUGGGUGUACCAGAUCCCGGUGAACAUUUGCGAGGCGCUCAAGACAUUCGGCUCCUGCGGCGGCCGCUCACUCUGCUCGCCGUCUCGGGGCGGGGGCGAGCGGGGCGCCGUCUCAGCCGGCGGUCUCGGAGACAAGAAGCGGCGGCGCGCGCCGGCUGGAGGUAGUUGGCUGUGCGGCGCCGCCGUGGCGAGGUGCCUCUUGGCGAUCCAGGAGGAGGAGGAGGACGAGGUCGGCAAGGGUGCUGCCGUUGUUCCGGCGGAUGAGAUGAGGGCGUCGGAGGUGGGGCUCGUCAUGGAAGGCUGGGACGUCGAGGAAGAGGAGAGGGCCGUGAUGGUGGGGGAGGUCGAGGUGGAGAAGAAAGACGAGAUCUUGGUGGUGGGGAAGGAGGAGGAGGGGAGGGUCAGCGUCUGCAUCCCCCCGAGGAACGCGCUGCUGCUAAUGCGCUGCCGGUCGGACCCGGUUCGCAUGGCAGCGCUUGCCACCCGGUUCUGGGGGUCUCCAGCCGCGGCCACCAUGGAGCAGGUGGACAAUAAGGUGGUAGACGACGAGGAGGAAGAAGAAGAUGAAGAGAUAGAUGAUGCUGAUGCUGUGGUGAAGGAAUGCAUAGAUGAAGCUCGUGAUUCAGCAGUUUCUGUCCAAGACGUGAAAUGCAGAGAGUGUGGUGGUGGUGAAGAUGAUGGUGCUGAGGCAGGGGAGAUAGAUCAAGCGCAGGCCGAAGCAGAAGAGAGCUCUAAAUGUGUAGAUCUCGUGGAAGAAGAGAAGGAUGGACAAUGUAGAGCGGAGGGAAAGGAGGCACAUAUUGUUCGGAAAGAUGCCCCUUUGGAGGUUUCUUUGGGUGAAGAUGCGGGAAGGGAAAACCAAAAGCUUUCUUUGGGUGAAGAUGCGGGAAGGGAAAACCAAGGGCCAGACAUAGUGGAGCUCGUGCCUGACGUUAAGGAGGAAGAAGACAUUCUAGCACCAGAGAAAGAGGAGGAAGAGGUGAAGGGGAGGAGGUCAAGCAACAAUUAUUCUCCCUCAACAGCGCUGAAGGAGGACCGCAAAUUGCGACGGUUGAGUAGUAGAAGGCGUGUCAGUACUAGCAGCAGGGCCUCAUCGGUCAGCGAUAGAGUAGGCAGGCGGCACAGCUUUUCUGCUGAGACAGAUGGACGGCGGUCAAGCUUCUCGAGCUUGAAGGAUUCAAGGAGGGCAAGUUUCUCCAUUGAUAGGGAUGGCCGGAGGUGGAGCUUCUCAAUUGAGCAGGAGCAUCUGGUUGCGGAGCCUAAGGUGCUGAUGGCGUCCAGAAAGGGGAAGAAGACUUCAUCCGAGGCAGAGUCGGAGAAAGAUUGUGCUGUUCUUGUCGCCCCAAACAGUGCAGAGGAAGACCAAGAAUUCCAUGACGAUGGAAAGGAAGAAGCAACAAAGAAUGAACAGGAGGAAGGAACAGCAGAAGAUGAAGAAGUGAACCAGAAAGUCGAGAAAGUAGAAGCCAGAGGUGAAGAAGGCGAAGCAGGACAGGUACAGCGGAGCAAGAAGAGCGGUGAAUUGCCAGAUUGCCUACUCUUGAUGAUGUAUGAGCCAAAGCUCUCCAUGGAGGUCUCCAAGGAGACAUGGGUCUGCAGCACCGACUUUGUCCAUUGGAAGUCCUACCAGGGAAAGAAUAACUGUAAUCGCCGCCAACAAAAGGCUUCUGGUAGUGGCAAUGCUGCUGCUACGGAGGAGCCCAAAGACAAGGAAAAUGUUGAAGGCACCACUGUUGCAAACGACACAGAAGAGAGCAAAGAUCAAUCAGUGGUGAACUCGGCGACUAUGCCACCUCCAGUUGUCCAGAAGACACCACCACCAAAACCAGCUACAGAGCAGAAGCUGAAGCUGGAGUUGCCGCUGGUCGCUAAUGCUGCAGCGUACGCACCAUUCGUUCUGAAACGCUGCAAGUCGGAGCCGAUGCGGUCAUCGGCGCGGCUGGCGCCCGACGCUUGCUUCUGGAAGGACCGCCAUCGGCCCCUGAACGCCACCGGGAUCGGUUUUUGAUUCCGGCCAAGCCAAACUGAUCAGCUGGUAUGCAAUUGCCUAGUUAGCUAGUGAGUCACUGAGUUUGCGAGCCUGUUGUGUAAUAGUAGUGAGAGGUUCUUUCAUGAUAUGCUUUUGUGCUGUUAUGUGAUGUGGACACCAAAUAAUAGCAUGUUGAGUUACAUCAGAUCAGAUAGAGUAGGGGCUAGGGAGUACAUGUAAAUCUCGUGGGUUUGCUUCAUUCGGUGUGCUAAUUCAUUUUCCCUUGGGUGA